GCGCACGCAUGUGUUGAUCAGGAAGCUCUGGGUCUGAGCUGCUUCGAAGCAUCUUGCGUUUCCUGAGGAGACCAAAUGGCCACUUUUCAGUUUCAUUACUUAGAAACCAUACAUAACUGAACUCGUAUAGGUUCUAUGUGCGAAAUAGAUCAGUAUAUUUCAAAUCAGACGUAUAUUGAUCAGUAUUUGGCGUAUAAUACAGGUUAUUCUUCCGUCGCGUGCGCGUAGCGCUUCAGCCAGCGAGCUCGCUUUAAUCACAUCAGACUAGCCCCUCAUAUACUGUGAAUAUAAAGAUGUCCAAGCCCCCAAAUUCUGCGUCUCGGUCCCGGUCCAGAUCCAGGUCUAGAUCGCGGUCCUACACACGAUCUCACUCCAGGAGUCGCUCCCGCUCAAGGUCCAGAAAGCGUCGCUACAGCUCUAGAUCAAGAUCCCGUUCACACAGCAGAGAGAGGAACUAUCCUUCCAGAGAUUUCCAGAACAAUCGUGGGUAUAACCGUGGUUUCCGUGGCUACCGGAGACCCUUUCAGUACCGGGGCAGAGGGCGUGGCUACUUCCCACGAGGUAACUAUCAUAGAGGUGGCAGCAACUAUGGUUACCGUUCCAACAACUGGCACGGCCAUAGAGACCACCAGCAGCAGCAGCAGCAGUACGACCACUCGUACAGCCCUAGGAGAGGGCGCUCGCGUUCCCACACGCCACGGAAAAGAUCAGCAAGCCGAAGCCGCUCGCGCCAUUCCGAUAGAUCAUCCUCUGUGCAUUCCAGACGUUCCAGCUCUUCCUCCCGUUCCUCAUCCCCACGUCGACGCAACUCUACCGUUGGACGACUCCAUUCUAAAGAUCGCAAAGAAAGGGGUUCACCAAGUGAAAGCAAAGGAACCAGCAAGGAAUCAUCCAAGCCUACAGGAAGCACCCCAGAGGAACCCAGUAGCAAGUGGGAAGGCUUAACUAACUACGAUGCCAGCCCCAAACGCAAAGCUGCAUCUUCUGGUGGUCUGUCAGAGAUCAAAGUGUCCAUUUCCGGAGGUGCUGGCAAUGGUGGUCCACUGUGGCGAAGCAUCGGCCCUGCCAGUAAAAGUCCACUGGCAAAGACGUCAAGCUCAACUGACUUCGGGUCCUUCUCAAAGGAAGACUUGAAGACCGAAGACAAAUCAGCCUCCAUUUCGUCCGCUUUCAAAAAGUUUUUGGCAGAAAAGAAAAAGCCCUUAUCAGACAGGGAUAAUGGCAGGGGUGAGACUUUAAGCUUGGGCGACGCAGACAGCGAGAAGAGCGGCAGCAAGUUGAGAGCGGUUUUCAACGCGUCUGAUUCUGGCUAUGAUGGCUCAAAGACUGACAAAGGACUUCCAUUUCUGGAUGCAGAAGAAGAGGAGUAUCGCCAGGAAAUGAAAGACAGGAAGACUGAGGAAGAAUCCAAGUAUAAGGACAAACCUCUUGUCACAAUGCGGGACUUAACCGAAGAGCGUUUUGGGAAAUGGGAUGAAGAUGUUGAAGAGGAACUGGAUGAGGAACUUUAUCGCAGUCGGAAGCAUGCGUCUAGAAAAGAAGAGAAGGCCUCCAAGAAGAAAGAAAAGAAGAAGAGUAGGAUCAGUCCAUCCUCUCCAUCGCCAUCCAGAGUAUCAGAGAAUAGAGGCAGGCCACUGUUUCCAGCUGGAAGAGAGGCCACACCCCCAGCUAAAUCCUCAGCGAAGAAAGACCCGCAGUUUAAUUUCAGUAUAAAGGCAUUCACUGAUGAUGGAGAAAGCUCAUCAGGUGCAUUAGCUAAAGAAAGACGUUUGUCACGGGAUCUUGUGCACCCUGGUAAAAAAGAUCAUGAGGGGUUUCAAUCGAUCUUCCAGCAUAUUCAGUCUGCUCAGCUUCGCAGAAGCCCUUCAGAGCUAUUUGCUCAACAUAUAGUCACCAUAGUACAUCAUAUUAAAGCUCAACAUUUCCAAUCAUCUGGGUUGACUCUGAGUGAGCGAUUUGGAAUAUACCAAAGAAAAGCUGCAGAGAUGGAAAAGAUGAAGCCGAGGAAGAGUCCUGAGAUCCACAGGCGAAUCGAUGUGUCUCCCAGUGCUUUUAAGAAGCACUCUCACCUGUUUGAGGAUUUCGAAGAGAGCGGCUACAAGGAUCAUGGUAAAAGGCAUGAGGGCGAUUCAUUGGACCUUCGCUUGGCUAUUGAGCGCCCUAAAAAGCGAGAGGGGGGAAAGAGUUCAGCUGGCUGCCAUGAACUCUCCCCUGACAGAUCCUCCAAAAACAAGAAAUCAAAGAAAAGCAAAAAGAAGCGAGAACGCUCUCCCUCCUCCUCUUCUUCCUCCUCCUCCUCUCCCUCCCCUCGUCAGUACAGAGUGAAAGAGUACCAUCCGGAGGAGCACAUGGAGGGAGGAGGGGGUUUUAACAAGGCCCGUCUGGGGUCAAGGGAGUAUCCGGGACCCAUGGAUCGCGGCCCCCGGGACUAUGAGGGCCACAUGGACCGGGGUUAUGAGAGGGGCAGAGGAGGAUACGACCGAGGAGGAUAUGACAGAGGUCAUGGGGGUUACGAUCGGGGAUUUCCGAGAAUGAGAGGAAGAGGAUGGAACCGGGGAAACUACCCAGGCAACAACAACAACAACAACCCUCCCAAUAUGGGCGGCCCUUCACGACCCCCGGAUGAGGAGUGGGACCCUGAAUACACCCCCAAGAGUCGGAAAUACUUCCAGCACGACGACCGGGACAAGGAAGGGGAGAUGAAGUGGGUGGACACUCGGGGGCGCGGCAGAGGAAAUUACCCACGUGGCAGGGGCACCUUCUUGGUUCGCAAGAGCGGCGGCAGCCCCAAGUGGACCCACGACAUGUUCCAGGGCAACGCUGAAGAGGGAGAAAUUGAAGAUGGAGGCGCAGAGCACAAAGAUGACGACAAGUCUGGGGAAAACACAGCUUCCAAGCCAUAGACUGAUUUGUAUCCAUUUGUGUCUGUUCUUCUCUACUGUCUCUAACUCUGUGAGAGCCCUCGUGAAAAAUGCAUCUUUGUGUGUUCAGAUGUUGGACUGCAGAACCCCAAAUGGUAGAGCCAUGUCAUUUAUAGCAACAAACCAUCUGCUAUUAUUUUUCAGUUUAUUUUUUCCUUUCAUUUUUGGGGUUGUGGGGGGUGAUUGAAAAUAUAAAUUCUGCCAUUUGGUGGCUAAAAUUAAUUGAUUUUCAUUUAAAAAGUGCAAUAAAUCUGUGCACUUGUGCCUUAGAUUUAACUGUAGUUUUAUGAUUCCUUUUUUACUUUUUUAUUUUUAAUUUUCCCAGUAGAUUUCCCCUUUUCUGUUUGGAAGUGUAUGUAAAUUCAUUUAUACAUGCUGCAAUCUUUUAUAUUUCUUCUCUUUUGGUGUAUGGUUCAGUCUCAUUGGCGCAUAUCCCUUGUGGACCAAUACACUGUGUAGUGGGCCGAUUUUCUCCAGAAAAUUGUGUUAAAAAUGUAAAGAUUCAUUCUUCCUAACCAAUUGGCUCUCGGCUAUAUUUAACAUCCGGUUUAGUUAAUUUUCUUACCUUAAAUUAUGCCACUGACUAAAAAAAUUGUCCACUUACUUUGUGAAGUGUAAUUAAAAAGUUUUUUUUUCCUGUUUUGAGCAACAAAAAAAUUGUCAUAAGUUUUAGAUUGUCAUUCAUCAGAUUUUAAAGUGUAGAUAAUAAUAGAACAUGCAAGAUGAAGCUUAUGAUGCAUUUAUUGCAUUGUUGUGUUAAACUAUCAAACUAAUUGUAAAAUAGUUCAUGCUGCAUGUUUAGAUCAUGUGGUUUUUCUGCCAUUGAUCUCUGUACGCUGCACUGUUCACUUGUGCUGUAAGGAUAUAACCGGAGGACUCGGCUGCUUUCUUUUCAGCGUAGAAAUCCUGCUUUGUGAUGACAGUACUGUAAUGCUGUGACUCAACAUUCUGUUAACAUUUACAAUCUGUUAACUCCGUGCUUUCUGUCUCCAUGGUAAAUUUGAAAUAAAACCCGUCCUCUGUUUGGUA